CGCCAACGGUGUAUGGAACUGCUGUAGGUAAUGAAAUGACAUACUUUCUCACUUUUUCCCCACUGCUCCUGAGCGUCCUGUUGCUACUGCUCAGCGGCAUCAUCACACCUGCAUACACAGAUGAUGUGUGUAGCUGCACCGGAAAGUCCAGGUGUCACUGUGAUGGAGUAAAAGGCAGUAAGGGUGAGCCUGGGUAUCCAGGUUAUGAUGGGUUGCCAGGAGUGGUUGGUUAUCCAGGUUCUGAAGGUAAUCCUGGACCUUUUGGCCCUAAGGGAAAUCUUGGCUUUCCUGGAUUGUCAGGACCCAAAGGCUCACGGGGUCUCCCUGGGAAACCUGGGUUCUCUGGACCACCUGGGCAGCCAGGAAUCCCAGGAAAUGAAGGACCAAUGGGGCCAUCAGGAACCCCAGGAUGCAAUGGGACGAAGGGGGACAGUGGAUACCCAGGGUUACCUGGGGUGCCGGGACCUGUUGGAUUACCAGGUGUUCAUGGAUUGCCAGGAUUUAAGGGAGACUCCUACUACUUCCCACCCGCUGCUGACAUUGAUGGACAUCUUGGACCGCAAGGGAGAGAUGGUGUCAAGGGUCAGCGAGGGUUACCUGGACGGCCGGGUCUUCCUGGGCUGGAGGGACCGAGCGGGACUCCAGGAUUACCUGGGUUAACAGGUGUACAGGGAGAGAAGGGCCAGGAAGGUCCAAGCCCUGUAAUUCCAGGCCCAAGAGGUCAAAAGGGUGACCAAGGCCCUCCCGGGAUACCUGGACAGAAGGGCAUAAAGCUGUAUGCAGAGGGACCCAAGGAACUGAAGGGGGAGCCAGGUGAUACAGGAGAGAAGGGGUGUACAGGCCAGAAUGGUCUCCCUGGGCGUCGUGGAUAUAAAGGGAACAAAGGCGACCAAGGAGAACCUGGGGCUCUGGGGAAACCUGGGAAAGAUGGGGACCCUGGGACCUAUGGAAUUCAGGGUGAGAAAGGUGAUGUGGGCUACCAGGGACCUCCUGGAACAGAAGGUUCAAUGGGUGACAAAGGUGACCGCGGACCCACAGGUCCUCCAGGGGAUUUGAUUCAGAUCAAUGGGAGAAUCAAAGGCUUGCAGGGUUUUCCUGGGCCCCUCGGACCCCCUGGCUAUACUGGUAAUCAAGGUGUGAUUGGUUUUCCUGGAAUGAAGGGGGAACCAGGGUUGUCUUUCCCUGGGGCCCCUGGGAAUCCUGGUCCCCCUGGUUUAGCUGGGGAUAAAGGGGAGAGGGGGGAGCCUGCCCCCUACAUAAUUGGCCCCCCUGGACCCACUGGCCCCCCUGGAAACGAUGGCCCCAUAGGCGACCGUGGUCCCCCUGGAAUUCCAGAUCUGUUGAGAGGCAACCCUGGACCACCCGGUCCUAAAGGCAUCAAAGGCAUCCCAGGACAACCAGGAGAUAGAGGCGGGUUCGGAGAAACAGGUGAGAAGGGUGAUGUCUGUCGACUCUGCAUGCCCACUAAUGUGAGCCCUGGACCACCAGGACCUGCCGGAGAGCCUGGUAGGCCUGGAGAUACAGGUCGAGAUGGUGAUCCUGGAUCCAAGGGAUCUAGAGGAGUCAAAGGUCUUGGAGGUCCACCAGGUCCACAGGGUCCCUAUGGUUUACCAGGUGUGCCAGGUUCUACAGGACCCAAGGGGGACAAAAGUCCCAUGUCCCCAGGAGACAGGGGGCCUGUUGGCUCACCUGGGGCUCCAGGAGUUCCUGGGAGCGAUGGGACUGACGGGGUCGCUGGAUACCCAGGACUGAAAGGCCAGCCUGGGCUAAAGGGCAACCCUGGACCUCCGGGGCCCAAGGGUGAUCGGGGCGAUGCCGGCUCUCAGGGUAUACGUGGACGGACAGGCCAGAUGGGGACUCAGGGCCCCCCAGGUGUGGGGCCCCCAGGGGGCCCUGGACAGAAGGGCAACCUGGGGGUGCAAGGCCUGCGAGGGAGACCUGGAGAUCCAGGAGAGAAAGGCUCAGCGGGUGAGACGAUAACAACCACAGGAGACCCAGGACUGAAGGGAGAGAAGGGUCAUCAAGGCAACCCAGGACCUUCAGGGAAUCCUGGUAUAAAUGGCUAUCCUGGCUUCCCUGGCAAUUUCGGCGCCAAGGGGGAUAGAGGUCUGUCUGUCCGGGGCCCUCCUGGAAACACUGGGCCUAAAGGUGAGAAGGGCCAGCCGGGGGUUGCUGGUUCCCCAGGGAUUGGUAGUAUGGGACGACCAGGACCAUCCGGAGCUCCCGGGAUGCCAGGCCCUAAGGGUGAUUUCAGACCAGGGCUCCCAGGGCUGCCAGGUAGACCAGGCCCCCCAGGGGAGGAUGGUUCUCUGGGGCUGACUGGAGACUCUGGUCUGCCUGGGCUUGGUAGAUCGCCUGGCCUACCAGGAAGAGAUGGUCCACAGGGAGACAGAGGCAGUAAAGGUGCUGAGGGCUUGCCUGGUCUGCCUGGGGUUGCUGGGGAGUGUACGCUAGGCAUUCCAGGCACUCCGGGGGCUGUAGGUCUCAAAGGAAUCAUUGGCUUAACAGGGACCAGAGGACAGAAGGGGGUACAGGGCGAUUCAGGUCUGCCUGGCAGAGGGGCCCCAGGAUUGAUUGGGCCGUUUGGACGGCCCGGGUUUGAUGGACCCCCGGGACCUGGGGGGGCUGCCGGCCUGAAUGGAUUCAGAGGAAGAGAUGGUGUACCUGGGGUACCAGGCCUGAGAGGAGACAUGGGGCCAUCAGGAGCGUGUGGUACACCAGGACCAGACGGAGGCCCAGGACCAGGGGGACGACUUGGCCCUAAAGGUCUGAUGGGUGCUGAUGGGGUGAAGGGCCGUGUAGGAGCCAGGGGACCUGUGGGAGACUCUGGGGCUCCUGGAGAUAUUGGAGUCACAACAUACAUCGAUGUCCCUGGGGACCCUGGGGACCCAGGACCUACAGCUCUAAGGGGCUUAACAGGUGCCAAAGGAGAUCUAGGUGUGAUAGGGCACAAUGGAGCCAGUGGCAAGGAUGGGAUUCCCGGGAGCGCCGGGCCGCAAGGUGCUGUUGGCGACCCAGGCAGAGAUGGCCAGAAAGGAAGUCCUGGUUUCAAUGGAAAUCCUGGAGUCGCAGGAGAUAUGGGUGUGCCAGGUGUAAAGGGUGAGAAAGGGGGAACAGGAGGUCGUGGAGAGCCUGGUUCAUCGGGAAGACCAGGCCCAAAUGGAGUAAAUGGAGUGAAAGGAGAGCCCAGCCUCCCUGGACCAGGAGCUAAAGGACGACAAGGAGAAAAGGGAGUGCCAGGGUUUCCAGGUUUUCCAGGAGAGAAGGGGGAGAUGGGUGUAGCAGGGAGGUUCGGAACCCUGGGGGCCAUCGGCCCCACAGGACCCAAGGGAAGAGAAGGACUACAGGGAUCACGAGGACCUCCGGGACCAGCCGGGGAGAAGGGCAUUAAUGGUCUCCCAGGCAAUGCUGGCUGUCAUGGCCAGAAUGGCCUGCAAGGGAGCCCAGGAUUGGCUGGUGACCCAGGGACUGCAGGCCCCAGAGGUUCCCAGGGUAGAGACGGCAUCCCUGGCCCAGCAGGAGAGAAAGGAGACAUGGGAGCCCCUGGCAUUGGACCAAAAGGCACAGACGGAAAGACGGGCCAAUCUGGACUUAAGGGGGAUGUGGGGAUACCUGGCCGCUUUGGCCCUCCUGGUCCCUCAGGGCUUUUGGGGGACAUUGGACCUCCAGGCCCCCCUGGUCCUAUGGGACUGUCUGGAAGUCCUGGCCGGGAUGGAAUGUGCUUUGAAGGGCUAAAAGGAGACCGUGGACAAAAUGGUGUCCCUGGACCCCAAGGUAUGCAGGGGCCACGGGGACCUCCUGGUCCACCAGGACCUGGCUUUAAAGGAGAUAAAGGGAACAAAGGUGCCAUGGGUCUUCUGGGUACGCCUGGGUACAGAGGAGACACAGGGGUACAGGGCAGACCGGGUAAUGAUGGCAGACCAGGUGGUUUGGGAGUCAAAGGGGAGAUGGGACAGUUAGGAGACAUCGGACCAAACGGUCAGAAAGGAGAUGCAGGACCUGCAGGACCUGUAGGUUGCCUUGGACAGAAAGGGCAGUCUGGAGCACCAGGGCCUAAGGGGAAAGAUGAUCUCACCAUGGUGGUACUGAUCCCCGGAGAACAGGGGCUGCCGGGUGACCUGGGGGGCAGAGGAGAGCCUGGACCCACAGGAGCUCAGGGACGCAACGGACCACCAGGACUCCCAGGUCCAAAAGGUGUCUUGGGCCUAGAUGGGCCAAUAGGACUGCCUGGAUUCCAGGCAGCCAAGGGAGACAGAGGGUUCCCUGGACCACAAGGUAUCCAAGGUGAGCAGGGGACUCCAGGAGCCAAAGGCCCCCGGGGCUCUCCAGGUCCUUACUUUGCCGGGCCAAUAGAGGAUGGCUUCCUAUUCACCCGUCACAGCCAGAGGCAGAAUGUGCCCCAGUGCCCAGGGGGCAGCAACUUCAUCUACUCCGGAUACUCCCUCCUCUUCAUCAACGGCAACAACAGAGGUCAUGGCCAGGAUCUGGGUACACUGGGAAGCUGUCUGCCUCGUUUCUCUACCAUGCCCUUCUUAUUCUGCAACACGGACAGCACGUGCCGCUACGCCUCCCGUAACGACUACUCCUACUGGCUGUCCACGGAUGAGGCCAUGCCAAGCGACAUGGCCCUCAUCUCUGGUGGUUCACUGGAGAGCUAUGUCAGCAGGUGUGCAGUGUGUGAGACCAAAGCAAACAUCAUCGCUGUUCACAGUCAGACCAACCAGAUCCCUGUUUGUCCACGCGGCUGGCUCUCUCUCUGGGCUGGCUACUCUUUUGUCAUGCAAACAGGGGCUGGAGCGGAGGGCUCUGGCCAGCCCCUGGCCUCUCCGGGCUCCUGCCUAGAAGAGUUCCGGAAGAUUCCUUUCAUUGAGUGCCAUGGGCGAGGGACAUGCAACUACUACACUGACUCCUACAGUUACUGGCUGGCCUCCCUGGACCCCGAAAACAUGUUCAGUAAACCCAGGCCUCAGACAGUGAAGGGAGACUGCCCGGGUAGUAUAGUCAGUCGUUGUCAGGUCUGUAUGAAGCAGUGGCAGCGACCCUAAGAGCUAAAGAACUGAUGGGGAAUGAACUGGAAAUGCACCUCCCACUAUCAGCCACUGUAGGGCAACAACCAGACUGAUUAAUUCUUGCAUUUCAAUCAUGGUGCUUCCUGGGAGACCAAAGGAUGUCUCAGUUCUUACAAGUGCUGAUCCUCGUUUCCAUGUUUCCUCCCCUCCAGUCCUCUCCUCGCCUCACUUUGACGUUUUCAGCAAGGGAAGGACAGAAGGAGAGCGCACAAGGAAACUAGGAAAUACUAUUGAGAUGCAACCCAGUAGUGGCCUCUGCUCAAUCUGACGUUUUGUUCUCAGUUUUACGGCUUGUCUGUAUUUUGUUUGUAUUGUUAAACCACUGGACUGUUUUACGGUAGAUGGUCAGUGUGAUCCAGGGCUAGAUUCAAUCAGUUCAGCAUUAAGCCGUGAUAACCGACAACUGCUUAGCAUAAUCAUGCGAUGACGGAGGUGUAACUGCGUUGGAGCCGAUGGCACUAUCAAAUUAAUGUUUUUUGAUAGCUCCAAAAGUUAAUAUGUUGUCACAUGUGCUAGCAAAGCAGAGGUCCUGGGUUUGAGCCUCAGUGUGAGACAAAUCAGGAGGAAGUGGUUCUUGCUAAUCAAGCAGUGUGAUGUCAGUAGCAGUGGUGGCGUGACCCGGAUGCACAGUUGGGCUUAGGUCGACAGCUGGGGUCACUCUCUUUCAAGCGAGUUUAGAAGGGUUGAGGUUGGAAGUUUAUAUGCACUUAGGUUGGAGUCAUUAAAACUUUUUUUCAACCACUCCACACAUUUCUUGUUAACAAACUAUAGUUUUGGCAUCUACUUUGUUGUGCAUGACACAAGUAAUUUUUCCAACAAUUGUUUAC